GUGUCCUUCCAGAUUUUGUUUUGUGGUUAUAUAUAAAUACACAUGUAAAAAUAGUUCUUUAAAAACAAAAUGGGGUCAUGUGUACAUACUGCUUUAUAACCCAUCUCUUUUUUUACUUUGAUUGUGGUGAACAUUUAUUCUGUUGUUUCUGAUUUUGGAUGACUCAAGCCCGAUACUCUUCAUCCCACUUCCGUAUUCUUGUGUGGAGAGAGACUUAGGAGCCGUGUGUGUGUGUGUGUGUGUGUGUGUGUGUGUGUGUGGAGGGGGGUCCAUCUGGCUGGCUAGCUGACCUUGGGGGGGCUGGAUUCUCUUUCCUGGGGCCCUUUUCAGGCCUAGAUCGAGCCAUGGAGGUGGGAAGGCAGCUUCAGCACAUGGCUGGGGAGGGACUGACUGUCUCCCCCUCUUCCUCCCUUGUUCCCCUCAGAGCCGGCGGCACUCCUCCCCUCACAGCCCUGCCCUGCUCGGCCCCAUGCCCCCGCCAGUCAGCCACGGGCCACAGGCAGUGAGCAGGCACGAGGGAGCCGAGGCCCUGUGACCAGGCCAAGGAGACAGGGGCUCCGGGGUCCCGGCCACCUGUCCCCCCCAUGGAGCUGAGGCCCUGGUUGCUAUGGGUGGUAGCAGCAGCAGGAGCCUUGGUCCUGCUGGCAGCCGACGCUCGUGCCCAGAAGGUCUACACCAACACCUGGGCUGUGCACAUUCCCGGAGGCCCCGCCGUGGCUGACAGCCUGGCACACAAGCAUGGCUUCCUCAACUUGGGCCAGAUCUUCGGCGACUAUUACCACUUCUGGCAUCGAGCAGUGACAAAGCGGUCACUGUCGCCUCACCACCCGCGGCACAGCCGGUUGCAGAGGGAGCCUCAAGUGCAGUGGCUGGAGCAGCAGGUGGCAAAGCGAAGGACCAAACGGGAUGUGUAUCAGGAGCCCACAGACCCCAAAUUUCCCCAGCAGUGGUACCUGUCUGGCGUCACCCAGCGGGACCUGAACGUGAAGGAGGCCUGGGCUCAGGGCUACACGGGGCAUGGCAUUGUGGUCUCCAUUCUGGACGAUGGCAUCGAGAAGAACCACCCAGACUUGGCAGGCAAUUAUGACCCUGGGGCCAGCUUCGACGUCAACGACCAGGACCCCGACCCCCAGCCUCGGUACACACAGAUGAAUGACAACAGGCAUGGUACACGGUGCGCAGGCGAGGUGGCCGCAGUGGCCAACAACGGUGUCUGUGGUGUGGGCGUGGCCUACAACGCCCGCAUUGGAGGGGUGCGCAUGCUGGACGGCGAGGUGACGGACGCGGUGGAGGCUCGCUCGCUGGGCCUGAACCCCAACCACAUCCACAUCUACAGCGCCAGCUGGGGCCCCGAGGACGACGGCAAGACCGUGGAUGGGCCUGCCCGCCUCGCCGAGGAGGCCUUCUUCCGGGGGGUUAGCCAGGGCCGCGGGGGGCUGGGCUCCAUCUUCGUGUGGGCCUCGGGGAACGGGGGCCGGGAGCACGACAGCUGCAACUGUGACGGCUACACCAACAGCAUCUACACGCUGUCCAUCAGCAGCGCCACGCAGCUCGGCAACGUGCCCUGGUACAGCGAGGCCUGCUCGUCCACGCUGGCCACCACCUACAGCAGCGGCAACCAGAAUGAGAAGCAGAUCGUGACCACGGACUUGCGGCAGAAGUGUACCGAGUCGCACACGGGCACCUCGGCCUCUGCCCCCUUGGCAGCCGGCAUCAUAGCUCUCACCCUGGAAGCCAAUAAGAACCUCACCUGGCGGGACAUGCAGCACCUGGUGGUACAGACCUCAAAGCCCGCCCACCUCAAUGCUAAUGACUGGGCCACCAACGGUGUGGGCCGUAAAGUGAGCCAUUCGUAUGGCUACGGGCUGUUGGACGCAGGUGCUAUGGUGACCCUGGCCCAGAACUGGACGACGGUGCCCCCCCAGAGGAAAUGCAUCAUCGACAUCCUCACUGAACCCAAGGACAUCGGGAAGCGGCUGGAGGUGCGGAAGACGGUGACCGCCUGCCUGGGGGAGCCCAGCCACAUCACACGGCUGGAGCACGUGCAGGCCCGCCUCACCCUGUCCUACAAUCGCCGUGGCGACCUGGCCAUCCACCUGGUCAGCCCCAUGGGCACCCGCUCCACCCUGCUGGCCGCCAGGCCACACGACUACUCCGCAGAUGGGUUUAAUGACUGGGCCUUCAUGACAACCCAUUCCUGGGAUGAGGACCCCUCUGGCGAGUGGGUCCUGGAAAUCGAAAACACCAGCGAAGCCAACAACUAUGGGACACUGACCAAGUUCACCCUCGUGCUGUAUGGCACGGCCCCCGAGGGGCCACACACGCCUCCCGAGAGCAGUGGCUGCAAGACCCUCACGACCAGCCAGGCCUGUGUGGUGUGCGAGGAAGGCUUCUCCCUUCACCAGAAGAGCUGUGUCCAGCACUGCCCGCCAGGCUUCACUCCCCAAGUCCUCGAUACACACUAUAGCACCGAGAACGACGUGGAGAUCAUCCGGGCCAGCGUCUGCGCGCCCUGCCACAGCUCGUGUGCCACCUGCCAGGGGCUGGCCCCCACAGACUGCCUCAGCUGCCCCAGCCAUGCCUCCCUGGACCCUGUGGAGCAGACGUGCUCCCGGCAGAGCCAGAGCAGCCGCGAGUCACCCCAGCAGCAGCCGCCGCGGCGGCCCGCAGAGGGGGAAGCGGAGCCCCGGCCGCGGGCAGGGCUGCUGCCUUCACACCUGCCCGAGGUGGUGGCCGGCCUCAGCUGCGCCUUCAUCGUGCUGGUCUUCGUCACUGUCUUCCUGGUCCUGCAGCUGCGCUCCGGCUUCACCUUCCGGGGGGUGAAGGUGUAUACCAUGGACCGUGGCCUCAUCUCCUACAAGGGGCUGCCCCCUGAAGCCUGGCAGGAAGAGUGCCCAUCUGACUCAGAAGAGGACGAGGGCCGGGGCGAGAGGACCGCCUUUAUCAAAGACCAGAGCGCCCUUUGACGAGCGCCUACUGCCUGCCCCUUCAAGCCCAUCCCCUCCUUGGGCACUUUUUAAUUCACCAAAGUAUUUUUUUAUCUCUGGACUGGGUUUGGACCCCAGCUGGGAGGCGAGAGGGGCAGAGACGGCUUCCCACCCUACCUAUGGGCCCCCUGGCUGCCUGAGGUGGGGCCCAGGACCAGCUGGGGAACCGGGGAGGGCCUCACCCCACCUCCAGCAUCCCUUCCGUGUGGAGAAAGGAGUGGAACCUUUAGGGCAGCUUUCCAAGGUCCAGGCCCCAGCCGGAGUUCCCUGCGGAGUGAAGAGGGUCAGCCCUUCUCUUUCGGGAUUCCUGACCCGGGCUGCAGCUCUUGUCCCUUCCCUGUUCCUCUAAAGCAAUAAUGGUCCCCAUCCAGGCAGCAGGGAGGCUGGCCUAGGGGGUAUUUGAAGGAGGAGGCCACCUCUCCAAGGGCUUUUGUAUCCCCGACCCUGUCCCCCACGUCUGGUGAGCCUCUUGAGGAAGCGGUGAUCAAAGGAAGGGACCAAGGCAAGGCAGGUGCUUCCAGGGUGUGCACGCGUGCACACGCGAGUGUGUGUCCCUUUGCCCACCUCCACCACAGCUGGCUGCCCGCUGAGUGCGCCUGGCCCAACCGAGCCCCAUGCUGGUGUCCUGACCACCCUAACUUCUCGGGCCCCCUCCCCUCCCGCCAGGGCCCAAGUCCCUGUUUUCUGAGCCCGGGGCUGCCUGGGCUGUUGGCACUCACAGUCCCGGAGCCCCUGGGUGGGUGGUGGGGAGGGACGGUGGCCCAGCCGGCCUCUCCCACCUCCCACCCGAUGCUGCUUUCCCCUGUGGGGAUCUCAGGGGCUGUUUGAGGAUAUAUUUUCACUUUGUGAUUAUUUCACUUUAGAUAAUGAUUUUUUUUUUUUUGUAUUUUUAAUGGGGGUAGUAGCUGGACCACCCACCUUCCUAGAUCCACUGUCCACUCUGCUGUUCCCCCAGCUACCCUGGCCCUGAGGUGUGGGGGGCUGCAGCAUGUUGCUGAGGAGUGAUGAGGAGUUGAGCCCCAAGUCCUGAAGAGGCAGGCGGGCAAGCCACGUGGGCCCUAGGAAAGGGGAUCGUGGUGGGAGGGGCAGGCUGUCAUCUGUGUUUCAGAUGGGGCUCAUCGUGCCAAGGGCUCAUGGGUCACUGGUUCUCCAAGUGCCAGGGGUGGGCAGGUGGUGGCCCUGAGCCCCCUCCAACACUGUGCCCUUGUGGAGAAAGCACUGACCUGUUCUGCCCCCUUAAGUCCCCCUCUUCUGACGUGCCUUUUGCACCCCUCCCAUUAGGACAAUCAGUCCCCUCCCAUCUGGGAGUCUUCUUUCUCUCCCCUAGCCCUUCCUGGCACCCAGCCACCUGCCCAGGGGUGUCCCCUCCUCUCCCAUCCCCCCACCCUUGUGGCCAGUCUGGCUGAUUUUGUAAGAUACUGGGUUGAUGCCCAGUGAUUUUUUUUUUCUUGUAAUUUAAACAGGCCCAGCAUUGUUGGUUCUAUUUAAUGGACACGAGAUAAUGUUAGAGGUUUUAAAGUGAUUAAACGUGCAGACUAUGCAAACCAGG